UGAGUGAUCAGGWGUAAGGGUGUUUUAACAUUAGCUGACUGGGCUGUGCCUUAAGAGAUGUUCUUCAAACAUGACAUUAGAAAAUUGACAGAAAUUGAGAUAUAUUAUCGACGAAAAUCGCAAGGUUGUUCCAUAACAAACCACAGGGUGUCAUYCAAAAAGCCAGUAGACGUCAAAAGUCAGUAGGUUUUGCAAACAAGACAGAARAAAAAUCAAAUCGCGAGUAUUYGGCGUAAAUUGAAUCGAACAAGAAAGCCGGAUUUAAAAGCCCGGAUGAUAACGAUUAUUUUCUAAAGUAAACAUUUCUUGUGUGAGCUGGGUACAGAUAAAAAAAAGUACAUUUGUUGUUUUCAAAUGAGAUCAGCGUCAGUGAAAAAACCUUUCCUUAAUUYUUCUCAUUCAUUUACUCCAAAUGUUUCUUUGAUUUUCUUUUCUUUAUAGUUUCAUCUCUUUCUUUUUAAUGCUGUCGAUAUCUUCACUGCGCACUUUGAGACAUCUGGUUCAUGGACCGGCUAAAAAUAAUAUUAUCACAAAUCGAGCUGAUAAAUGCCUUAAUGUGAAUUAAAAGGCAGGUCCUUCAUAUCAAGUGAUAAACUCGGAAACUGAGAUGCUGCCGGAGCGUUUAGAUAAUAUUCAAAACGUAGAUGAUCAGUAAUGCCUUUGUAAAAAGAGUAGAGAUAGAACACAUAGGUGCUUGGACCGGCUCGGUGCACCUCUCGAACCAACUCAAAAGAAAAAGCUCAACUCUGUCAACAAGUCGUCAAACGCAUAUAGUGAGCUCCCAUUGUUUGACUAAAAGGACCACUUGUACCAACCUUUCUUUCUAAAGAAAGCAGUCUCAUUACAUUUACAGACUGGGACAAAUGUCAAAUUCAUAAACAGCCUCAAGGUAAAAAGAGCAACACCACGUUGUGAUGGUCUGCUGCUAUAUAGUUCUGUGGGCUGAGAGCAAUAUAUUGUCAGGUCAGAUAGUUAGUAAACUGAACCGAUAGGCUGGGCGUAGGAGGGAAGUAAGACUGACCCUCGAUGUUCGAGCUUUAUCACUCUAGCCGCAAAGCUUCAAAUGAUUUAUACUCCUUAUUGCCAUUAACUAUUCUUUUGACCGUAAAUAAUCGUUGGGUGAACUACUCGAGAAACAUCGUCGACGAUCAACCGGGCUCCAUAACAAAGACGUGCACCUGCAGAGGCAGUGUUUACGUGAAGUUCCAUGGCGUUGAACAACAGUCUCGGUAUGGAAAACCAAAAACCCACGAAUUUCUCCGAUGGAUCGCAGCGCGAUGACUUUGCGCGAAGGGCGACUUUUAUCAUCGCCAUCUUGUUGUUGAUUGUUGUAACAAUAGCAAGUAAUUUGCUGGUCUUUCUUGCUGUAUACGCGUUUCGUGGUCUACGUACUGUGACAAACUGUUUCGUUAUUUCACUUGCCUCGGCUGAUCUCUCGGUGGCUUUCCUAGCAAUACCUGCGUGGCUUAGCAAUGCUUUUAUCCCUUUAGAUACUAAUUACAAACUAUUGCUGUUGGACUUGUGUACAAGAUGGGUUGAUGUGUUUUGUGCCGCCGUGUCGAUCUACAGCGCGACGCUGGUUUCGUUGGACAGAUAUUUAGCUAUCAACAAGCCACUUCGCUACAGAGAGAUGGUGACCCGGAGCCGAGCUAACAAGGCGAUUUCAAGCGUUUGGAUCAUGUCUCUUGUGAUUUCGGGUAUCUCGUUCAUUCAGUAUCACAGCACUACAGCCAUUUACGUAUGGGCUAUUUUCGUAUUUAUCGCUAUACUUUGUGUUCCAUUACUCACUAUGAUAUUCGCAUAUGCCUGUAUAUACAGUGCGGCUGUUGAGCAAUUGUCGAAAAUGAAAUACAAUGAGCAUAAUGUGACCUCAACGGAUCCUUUGAAUAGAAAACGAAACGCCGUCUCUGACCGUCGGAAAAGAUUCUACAAAGAGCUAUGCAUCACGAAGACUCUGGCUAUCACAAUCAGUAUGUUUAUUAUAGCUUGGGCUCCUUACUUAAUUAUAGCUAUGGUGGAAACAUUUCAUCCCUCAAAACAAGCGCAAAUACCGGAAUUUUUCAGCCAUUUGAUUCACUAUCUCCCAUUCAUCAACUCUUUCGUUAACCCUUGGAUCUACGCAGGCAUAAACAAAGACUUCAGAAAGGCCUUAAAAAAGCUUAUGUGCGCACCUCAACAAUUCUGCUUUUGUGCGCAAAACGAGAACUCCACUAAGCGAAGCAGAACGAACAGUGCGUCCACGGGAAGAACUUUAAUUGGCUCAUUUCAAAUGGAGGAUCAAACUGGCUCGUUUCGAGGAAGUAAUCCACCGCGUGUCACACCAAGACAUGAUGUUCAAUGUACAUCAGUAUAAAAAUCAAAUAGCAAAAUUACUUUAAACGGCUAAUUUAGCACGCUGAGAAAAUGUUUGUACAUUAGUAAUGGGUAAACCAAGCGUUAAUCGUGUUGAAAAUGCUCUUGGUGGGUGAUAUUUACAACUGAAUCUCUCCCAGAUCUUUACUUCCGGUUGGAUCGCUCUUUCUCUGUACAAAUGGCCUGUUUAUUUUUUUAUCGCAUUCAACUAAAUAAUCGCAAAGCAAUUUAUCGUUUUUUUUAACAUUACAAUCAGUGUUUUUUCAAAUGUCGUAUCUAGUGAAAUAUUUAAUUCAAUAACAUUUUUUGUUAUUUGCGGAGACGUUCGCACAGUACUAUUGGAGUGAAAAUUACAAUUAAACCGAAUCAAAUAUAGCAGGAACCAAAUGGUGUUUGAGGCGACUACAGACGUCAUAUAGUGGCAGAUUUGACAUCAAAUAAAUAGCACAUAUGGGAAUAUUACACAUAUGAGACUGCCGUCAAUUAAAACACAACAUGUUAUCGCAUUAAAUGGGACUAAACUUCCUCAGGGCCACAAAUAGAAAGUCACUUAGAGCAAACACACGAACGCAAACCGAUGGUUUUUCGAGAUAUGUAGCCAUAUUCAAAUUUCAGAUGGAAAAACGAUGAAUAAAAUCCCAUUGGUCUA